AUGGUCCCACUCCCACCACCAUCAUCGAUACUCAACCCGGUCAUCGAUCUCGCCACCCUCUGCUUCAUCUCUGCCUUUUUACUUCUCUCCCUCUUCUCCCUUGUCUUCAUAUUCUACUUUCGCCUCAAAACCAGAAACUCCAACCACCUCAGGGAUUUCAGCUCCCUUUGGGCUAUUCGUACCCUCCUUGUCUCCUUCAUCGCUUUGUGGGCAUUCACCGAAACUCUACGUCUCCCUUUCCUCUUCAUCCGCCGCAGUCCAUUUGUUUUUUCGUUUUUUCCUUCUCUCACCCUGACCCAACAGGCUACCAUCUGCAAGAUUCACGUCGUUCUCUCCUUGGGUCUUUUCGAGCCUGGAUUUCUUGCCACCCUCCUCUUCCUCGUGAACAUCUCCGUCAGGAAAAGAAACCCCACUGACACCUUCGCCACCGCAUUCUCCAUCGUCUCCGCAUGUUGCAUCCCCAUUCUCCUCUUCCAGGUUCUCUUCGUGUUCUUCCCAACUUCCUCCAAGAACGCUAUGAUCCCCGAGACCCUCAGCCGCAGCUUCGUCGUCGUCCCCGACGGCGCCGGAGGCAACAUCGCCCUCUGCGCCUACCCUCUCUUUAGUUCCAUCUCCUUCGGCGCGUUCGGGAUUGUAUAUGCGCUGUCCUUUCUUCUAUCCUGUUGGAGAGUGAUUGCACUCGUCAUCAACAAAGGGUUGAGGAUUCGGAUAUACGCCCUUGCGGCAGCGGUGCUCCUUACGCUACCCAUCCAGAUCAUUUUCCUUGGAUUCUCCGUUCUUUGGAGCCCAGAAAAUCUCCUCUUCCAGGGGCUCUCUCUGCUCGUGUUCCUUUGUGUGCUAUCGUGCGCCGUGGUGGGAGUGGGCAUCCUCGUCCUCAGGCCCAUUUUCGACGCGCUUUCCGUCGCGUCGGUUGAGGCUAGCCGCUGGCGUCUUCCACUGGAUGCAGACGUGGCUGAGAAACCGGGAGUAAUGGGUUAA